AUGGAGGAGCGAGGCUUCGCUUCGGGUACAGAAAGAUCGGGCGCAAAGGGGGCCGGAGAUUUCGUGGCGGACUCAGGAGCCAAGCUGGCAGGCAAGCUGAUGGAUGCUCUGGCGGGACCCCCGGCGGAUUUGCUGGCGACAGCUGCGGCCCUGGCGGGGGGUUGCAGCUACCGGGUCUGGAGCAGCUGGGGGGGAGCUCAAAUGACGCAAAUGCCCCUCUUCGCCGCCGCCUGCACCGCCGCCUUUCAGCUCUCUAGCGCUGUCACUGCGUGGCAGGUGGCAGGUUAA